AUGUAUCGCUUCUUAUUUCAAUCGUUGACGUCCUUUGCCAUUGUGACCUAUGGGUUGCCUCAGGCGGCGCCCAUUGAUCCAGCAGAUCCGAAUGCAUCAGAUCCGACUACAGUUCCUGGUCAGGACUUUGCUCUUCCGGAUGCCAGAACUCCUGAACCUCCAGCAAUCAAGGAGCUUCCGGAUGGAUGUGAUCCCACCAAUUUCUCGCAGGACUGCAUCACUACACUGGACAAUGAUGAACAAGGAGCCUACCUUUGGUUUGAAAAGGGCCAUGGAUGUACCGACGAUGAGCAGAAGAAGCUAAAAUAUGGGCUGUGGGAUGCCCAAGACAUGCUGAAAUAUGCUGCCAAAUGGGGUGUUGAGCGAUCGUCUCGAGAUGUUGUCUCAGCAGACUACUGGAUGGGACCCAACUGGAGAGAGUACCAAAGUCGGAUCAAAGGAAAUUUAGGUAGAGCGAGCGAGUUCAUCAACAACAAAAGCAACAAAAAGAAUUACAUCACCAUCACCUGCAAAGACCCCAAGGGAUACUGCAAGCGAGGCAGCGUUGAAGGUGGUAAGGUCAUCGGUGGCUAUGCAUGGGACUACAACGGCUGGUUCGGUUACUAUGGACAUAUCAACAUGUGUAGUCCGUACUACGACAUGAAAGACAUUUCUGGCAAGAUCGAUGACCUCAAUCAGUACAGAAAAGAUGGUCAGAUUGAAAGGCUUCAGGACAUGCGAUACUUCCAAACUUACGGUCAAUUCUUGGCUCACGAGAUGAUGCACUUACGCAGCACCUACAACCCUGAACCUAAAAUCGAGGACAAGUAUCUAUGGGGAGCAACAGGCGACUUCAAGAAUGAUGUGCGCGCAUACGGCCCUAAACGCGUCCACCAACUGGCCAAAGGCGACGCAACUGGCUCCGAAGAUCAAAGCGGAGGCAAAGUAUCCACCAUCAAUGCCGACAGUUAUGCCCUUCUCAUGAAUUCUAUUUUCUGGUGGGACGUCACGCAGUACUUUCCUGGCGUCCCCGGCCGACCAGAAGGCUCCCCUCCCCCUGGCCUACCACCACCACUUCUCGUCUUCCCCUCCGUCUCACUCGGGGAUAUUACCGACACGGUAUCCAUCACCAGCGCAGAAGACCAACUCGACAAAGCCAUCGACUCCUACCUGGUCAGCGACGACAUCGAACCGGCAACCCCAGUUUCUACUAGCACGCCAUCACCCACCACCGCACCCCCCGUCCCAGACAAGAAUGAAUGCCAUGGCAUCAGCGGCGACUACUGGGUGAUGUCCCGCGAUAUUGCCGUGUCAUCUGCCACCGAGUUUUGCGCCCAGUCCGAGCACACAAAGAAAUACAACGUUGGCUCCGUCAACGAGCUCGAGCUCUCCGUGCGUAACCUGGCCGACGAUAGCAAAGCACCCACCGAUGCUCCCGACUGCGCUGCACGGUUCCAGAACGCUGUCAUCGAUGGCUGCGACGGCAACGACGCCGUUAAUAACCCGCACAACUACAAGUUCGGCGGCACGUUGACCACCGGCGAUGGCUGGGAGUACAAGAUGACGCCGCUCAGCCAGCAGGUCAACGAGGUCGCCUGCGACGUCUCAUACAAAUUUUUCUACGACGGUUUCGAGAUCCGCGGGAAGAACCUGCCUGAUGCCAAGUUUGGCGCGGAGGGAGAGGGGUUGAAGGACCAGGUUGCCGGUUGUGGCGCAAUCACGAAGUGGAACUUUGAGCGGACGCCUAACGAUUGCUGCUUCCAGUGGUAUGCGUCUGGGCAGCUACCGAUUGGGACGAAAGCUUGUGUUGGUAGAGCGCUCAUGUCGGCCGGGGGAAGUGGGGUAGGAAAUUGUCAUGGAUCUGGAAAGAGAGGAGUCGAUUAUAUUGAUACUUGGCCUGGGUAUGGUGACGAGGGAAGACAUGUAUUUGGGAACAGUACGGCGUAG